AUCCGAUUGACCAUGGCGGGGCGGCGUGCAUCAUGGAAUGCUACAGCGAUAGUAUUCAUUGGCGUGGGAAGCGCCCUGCUACUAUCAGCCCGGCGGCGGCGCAAGAACAUUCCCUGUGAUUUGAGCUCAUCUUGUUGGGCGUCCAGGAUGUUAGUUGCAACAGCUCUCGCACAGGAGGCAGGCCAGGCAAUGCUGGACGCGAAGGCUCAUUGCGCACAAGAGGGGAAGGGUAAGGAUGGGGGCGGCGUCAGCUACAAGGGGCGCCACGACCUGGUAACCGAAACUGAUCGCUCGAACGAGGCCUUGAUUCAGCGAGGUCUGCACGAGAAGUUCCCGGAGGACCACUUCCUGGGAGAGGAAACGUCCGCGGACCGAGGAGGCGCGCCGUCAGAACUUUCCAAUAACGUUCUGACGUGGGUCGUUGACCCAAUCGACGGCACCACCAACUUCGUGCACGGCUUCCCGGUGACGUGUGUUUCUAUCGGAUUGGCUAAAGGGGACGAGGUAGUUGUCGGGGUUGUAUUCAACCCUUUUACGCAGGAGCUGUAUCAGGCAAUCAAAGGCGGCGGGUCCUUUCUGAACGGAAAGCGCCUGGAGGUGUCCAAAACAUCUGCGAUGGAACAGGCAAUGGUGAUGGCGGAGUACAGCAGCGUGAGAGAAGAAGAAAGCCUCCGCAAGAUGCUGGACACCACGGGAGCUAUCGCAGGCGCUGCUCGCGCCGUCCGCCAGACGGGGUGCGGGGCCAUGGACCUGUGCUUCUUGGCCAGGGGCUCCGUGGAUGCUGUGUUCGGCGGCGUAGCAGGUGUUUGGAAACCCUGGGAUUGGGCGGCCGGGGUCCUAAUUGCCACAGAGGCGGGUGCCGCGAUAUCCGCGGGGGAUGGGGGGGAUUUUGGGUUGAUGGGCGACACUAUGCUUGGAGCGGCGACGGCCGAAUUAGCGUCUUCUCUUCGCGAGGUUUUGAAAGACAUUUGAGUGCGUGCGUGACCCCGAAUGUUUCAUAAACACGGAAUCCAACAACUCGAUAAGCGGGGUUGCUGAUGUGAAGAGCAAGGGAAUAAGGAAGGGUCAUCCACGGUUUUGUUUGAUGAAAAUUUCUGUGAUGUGGCAUGAGGUGGUGGGUGGCGACCGUGCAGGAGUGGCUGAUGGCGUUAUUGUGACGGGGGCGUUGUGACGGUUGUGAUGCGGAGCAUGCUGUUUGCUAUGAUGACGCUUGACGACAUUUUAUUGUGCCGGGCACAAUAAAAUGUGGUGAAUCAAAGUGCAGCCGAUUUCUUGAUGGGACCAUCCCGCGGAAUCUCUCUUCACGGC